AUGGCACGGAAAAAGAAAUCCGAAGCUCUUUCUGAUAAGCCCGGUGGCUAUUUCAAAAUGCCACAAAUUGAUGGAGAUACCUUGAAUAGUUCUGAUUGGUCUAGCCUGGGCGGAUUACCUGAAAUCUUGAUACAAUCCAGAACUGGUGCCGGAAUUUGUCCGUCGCGCCAUGCACUACUGAGAUAA